AUGCAAGCCAUUAAUCCUGUGGAUGACGGUUCCCUCCAAGGCCUGGUGGCGUCUCGAAUCGCCACUUACGGGGGUCGACAUGGGGCCUCUGCCCAGAGUGCUGCUGGCAGUCUCUACCCAAGAGCAGGCAUUGGUGCCGGACCGGACCCCAGUCGCCGCCGUCUCCAGGACUAUGUCCCCUUCGCCAAGAGUUCGGGCCAGGCCAGGAGGCCGUCGCCCUUGACGCUCCGAGAGCCAGAGUCUGAGAAGUGGCAUGGGGAGCACUUGGGGGCUAGCCCACCUUACUCCCCCAAACUCAAGGGUGUGGCCACAGUAGAACAUCUGAAGAGACGGCUGCACACGUUCAGCAUGUUUGGGAUACCCCGCCUGCCCCCUGAGGACCGGCGGCACUGGGAGUUAGGCGAAGCCAGUGACCGGAGUCUGGUCAUCGAGAAGUCCUGGAGGGAGCUGGUGCCUGGACACAAGGAGAUGACCCGGGAGCUCUGCCACCAGCAGGAAGCGCUGUGGGAGCUGCUGACCACGGAGGUGAUCUACGUGGGAAAGCUCAAGGUCAUGACAGAUCUCCUAGCCGCCGGGUUGCUGAAUCUGCAGCGUGUGGGUGUGCUGAUUGACGUGUCUGCAGAGACCCUCUUUGGAAAUGUCCCUAGCUUGAUCCGAGCCCACCGGAGCUUUUGGGAAGAGGUAUUGGGGCCCACCCUGAAGGAGACGCGUGCUUCAGGCCAGCCUCUGGACCCCGUCGGCCUGCAGAACGGCUUCCUGUCGUUCGGCCAGCGGUUCCAGCCCUACGUCCAGUACUGCCUGCACGUGAAGCAGACCAUGGCUUAUGCCCGGGAACGGCAAGACAGCAACCCUCUCUUCCAGCUCUUUGUGCAGUGGUGUGAGAAACACAAGCGUUCGGGGAGGCAGACGCUGGGUGACUUGCUCAUCAAGCCCCAUCAGCGCAUCACCAAGUACCCGCUGCUGCUCCAGGCGGUGCUCAAGAGAAGUCCCGAGGCGCGAGCCCGAGAAGCCCUGAAGGCCAUGAUCGUGGCAGUGGAGUCCUUCCUGCGGCACAUCAAUGGGCAGGUCCGGCAGGGCGAGGAGCACGCCAGUUUAGCGGCCGCCGCCCAGCGUAUUGGGCCUUAUGAGGUGCUGGACCCCUCCAGUGACGAGAUGGAGAAGCACCUGCGUCCCUUCUCCACCCUGGACCUGAUGGCCCCCAUGGUGGGGGUUGCUCCCGAGCACACCAGGCAGCUGCUGCUGGAGGGAUCCGUGCGAGUGAAGGAGGGACGAGAAGGCAAGCUGGAUGUGCACUUGUUCCUCUUCUCUGAUGUGCUCCUGGUCACCAAGCCCCAGCGCAAGGCAGACAAAGCCAAGGUCAUCCGCCCCCCACUCAUGCUGGAGAACCUUGUGUGCCGGCCACUCCGAGACCCCAACAGCUUCCUGGUGAUCAGCCUCACUGACUUCCAGUGUGUGUCCAGUGCCCUCAUUGUGCACUGCCCCAGUUCCACAGACUGUGCCCGGUGGCUAGAGAAGACCCACCAGGCCCAGGCCGCCCUGCAGAAGCUGAAGGCUGAAGAGUACGUCCGGCAGAAGAGAGAGCUCCUGGCCCUCUACCGGGACCAGGAGUCCCCGAGCCCCAGGCCUUCCACUCCCUCCCUGGAGGGCUCUCAGAGCAGCACCAAGGGGAGGAUUCCUGAGUUUUCAGCCGUUGUCCCCCACCUGGUGGUGACCGAGGACACAGAUGAAGAUACACCCUCGGUGCCCCCCGAGGAUGCCUCAGACUCUGGCUAUGGCACUCUGAUCCCAGCCUCCCCUAGGGAGCCCCCCAGCCCUCUGAGCCGGCUACGCCAGCGGGCCCUUCGGCGGGACCCUCGCCUCACCUUCUCCACCCUGGACCUCCGAGAGGUUCCUUUACGCCCCCAGAAUCCUGACUUCCAAGCCCCCCAUCGCCGAAGCGCCCCAGAACUGCCAGGGGACAGCAUCCGAAGAGGAAGCAGCCUUCCCAGGGGAGACCCUCCCUCCUGGUCUGAGGAAGAGGAUGGAGCCCCAGAGGGAGGGAAUGUGGUGGUGGAAACCCUACACAGGGCCCAAAUUCGGGACCAGCUCCCCCGCCCCCCAACCCACGUGGACUCUGCCGGGGAAAGCCCCUGGGACUCCUCGGCCGAUGAAGAGGAAGAGAAGACCCCCUCCUUGAACCACUUCCGGGCUGAGAACAUGCUCAGGGAGCUCCGGGAGGAACUGGCCAGCCAGAGGAUUGAGGGGUCCCCGGAGCCCAGGCGCAGCCAGCCCCGGAAGCUGACGCUGGCACAGCUGCAGAAGAUGCGAGCAUCACACAUCAUACAGCUGGACACCCCCACGUCCACAUCGUAA